AAUUACAUUUUCUUCACCACUGUAAGCCUCCAGGAUUCCAGAAUAUUACCAACCUCCAGUUCUGUUUUUGCUGCAGAUAAGACGCUCAAACCAAUGGAGGAAAUCUAUGAUAAUAUUGAAAAUGUCUGCAACAUUUCAGUGGUAAAGGACAGAGUUCCUAGCAGCUCUAAGAAGAGGCUCUAUGUGGGUGUUAUUGUCUCUUUGGGGAUCCUGAGUGUUGGCCUCCUUAUUGGACUCAUCAGGCUCGGUUUCCUCUCUCACAGAUUAUCCAUCUCAGCAGCAGAUCUCUCUGAUAUGAAAGACAAUCUGACUAAGGAAAGAGACCAACUGAAUGUAAAACUCUUGGAAAGGUCUGAUGAAGUGACCAGGCUUCAGAGUUUGUUGAAGAAAAAGAAAACCUGUCCUGCAGGAUGGAGCAUGUUCCGCUGUUCUUGUUAUUUCCUCUCUGCAACAUCUGCUAAUUGGUCUGUAGCCAGAACAGACUGCAUGAACAGAGGAGGAGAUCUGGUGGUGAUAGACGACGAAGAUGAACAGAAAUCUCUUUUUACCCUUACUGAGAAGUCAACAUGGAUUGGUUUGACUGAUGAAGAAACAGAGGGAUACUGGAAGUGGGUUGAUGGCACAGCUCUGAGUCCUCAACUUUCUAAGUUGUGGGCAAAGGGCCAGCCUGAUAAUGCUGAUAGCGGUGAAGCUUGUGCACAGAGCUGGAAUAACCAUAAGUCAUGGAAUGAUAAUAAUUGUAAUGCUUCUUUCCCGUGGAUCUGUGAAAAGGAUCCAAUGUAA